UGAGUGACUCGUCCAUUCUGACGUGACCUCAUGCACAUCUCGUUGCUCGAUCGCCGCGCGGGCGCGAACGAUAAAUAUCGCUCUGGCCCGCGUGGCGAUCGAGCAACGAGCGAUAAAUAUCGCUCGGCUCUUCUGAAUUAUGGCCUGCCUCGUCGAUGAGUGUUGAUCGAAAAUGCUGCACCGAAGUCAAGCAGAGCGAGACGAAGACCAUGGUGAUGGUGGUGAUGGUGAGCGAGAGAUCGAAGAGCUUGCCUUGGAGAGAGCGGCGUUGGACGCUCUCAAGGAUGAGCAGAUGGAAGCAGACGAGCUGAAUCUGCUCGAGGACGAGGAUAUGCUCAUCUUUGGCCUCAAUCCUCUCACUGAUAUUCUGAAACUGGUCUCCUGCAAUGUCUGCAAGAAACCUGUCAUCGACAGUCAGUUCACACCUCAUUUCCAACGCUGUGUUGCGUCCAGAAGGUUGGGCCCGUUGCAUAUUGGUGUUGGUCAGGAGAAAGGGAUUAGUGAGCUUGAGGAGGGUCCAAGAACAUCCAAGAUCGAAAGGAGGAAGCGUUCGCAGAAUCGACACAGUGCCAGGAGGUUUCCCACGAUUUCAGAGGAGAUGGAAAAAAUGAAGAGCGAUAAGGAUCUGAGCGCGUCGGCUCCUAAGCAACAGAAUGAACUGAGUUCAUCAUUCCGGGUAGACUUGCACGGGAACGAGAAAGCUACCGUGGAGAGAAAGUUACGUGUGAGCGAAGACGAAGUAUUCAAACCGAAGGUCAAGGAUAGGACAGAAAGAGAUUUCUUGCCAACUAUAAAGGAAGUAUCCGAAGGCAAUGGUUCUCACAGAAGGCAGAAAUCUGAGGAUGAGAGCAUUGCCGGAUCGACAUCAAAGCGGAUAUCUUCACAAGAGUAUCUUCUUGCAGGUGAGGAAGCUCACCGUCCAGAUUUCAGGAUAAGGAGGCGUGAUGUAGCUGAUAUUUGCUCGGACAUACGUUCCCAGCUCCGACCUCCACUCACAGUCGUCACAAGAGGAGGACAGAAUAGAGCGGCUGAAGGUCCUGAAUCUCAUCCUCAUUCUCCGAGAACUUCAACACGGAAGAAAUAUGUCAAUCUUCAAAAAACAGAAGUUGACGGCGUCCAGAGUACCAAUCCACCAACAAUGUCAACUACUUCCGGUAAGAGGAAAUCUAAAAGAGGCCGACAAGUACCAGGAAUCAUGAAUCUUCUACGAAAGAAAGGAAUUACAGCAGAUGAUAAGAGGGGAGGCAAGAUAUUUAGAACUCAAGGAAAGGUGGACAUCAGACGAAAUGCUGGAGAUGCUCGAGCUUUGAGGCGAGCGAAGCGCCAGAAAAUGAAGGAUCAGCUGAUUUUGGAGAGUUCUAAAGAAUUUGAGUCAUCGUCGGAGAUUAAAACAUACACAAAGACGAGUUCUUUGGUAAAAUCCACUCAAGUUAAAUCUUUGAGGCAUGGAGCUGAUCAUGGACUAUCGAAGCCGUCUAUCCAUGAGCAUGGAAUGAAAGGGAACAACAUCGGUGCAGCCAAGGAUGAGGGAGAUCUGAGACACGCUCCAAGAGAGAAAAAGAAAAGAAGGUGAGGAUUGUCAGAUAUCUACCAUGAUUCUUACGACCGUGGACGACGAAUUGAAUUUUCAAGUAUAUUGGAAUUGUCUUAAGUCGACUCUACUUAUAAUUAUAGUUUAUUAGUUCUCCGAGUCUAAAUGCUUGUCCUUGUUGCUUGUCAGUUAGUUCUCAUGCGUCUACUGAUUACAAACUUGAAGUACUUCAAUUUUACGUUUCAUUUUCUGGUUUGGACACUGGAUACUGGGCCCCCAUCAAUUGGAUCGAAACUUGAAGUGACAGUAUUCUUCCAAGGCCCUAAGAGAUCUUUGAGUUAACGGGACUUGAUAGAUACUCCCUUUAAGUUCCAAUUUGACUGAACCGUUGAACAGAAUUGUUCGCAGCGCAAAGUGCCGAGCAAGGGAUGUGCAGGCUUGAAUAUUAUGGAUGUUAAUUGAAAACGUUCAACGGUUCAGUUGUUUCAUUUUGAUCUCGUCUUUAUAGACGGUUAUAUGGCGUUGUCUAUCCACUAUGCUUGUUAUAGACCCUCG